AUGGCGGCGCAAAAACUGCUGAGGGUAUUCCAGCAACCACCGGAGGCAGGAACACCACCGCCACCACCACGACCCACGGGGCCUCCAGAGGCAACAACACCACUACCUUCACCGCCACACACACCAGUAUCACCAGAGGUAGUACCACUGUCAGCGUCACUUCCCCGAACACCAGCACCGACUAAAGCAGUAUCACAACCACGAUGCUCGUCAACACCACCAAUGGGACAAACGGUAACCCCCGCCGACGAAAUCGACGGGCCAGCACUAGACCAGUUUCCGGAGAUCGNAAACGGUAAUCCCCGCCGACGAAAUCGACGGGCCAGCACUAGACCAGUUCCCGGAGAUCUCCGCGAGGGUCCGGAGGGCUAUACGCGACAUCGCAGAGGGAACCUGCGCGUCCUGUGUGAGGUUUCGCGCGGGAGAAUACCGAGUCAACGUAUACCGGUGGGGCGCACGUAUAUGUCAGAAACAUCCCAAGCCUUAAGCCCGCCGAAGAGGGGGGGAAGUGUGAGGACUAAAUAUCCGCGGAAUUUUGCCCACACGAACGCAAACCCCUACACCAACAAUAAUGACUACACUGGCAACAAUAACGACUACAGCAACAUCAUCGAAACGGCUAACCAACACGAGAGACCGUAUCAACACUCCUUUGCGACACCAUCACCAUAG